AUGCAACAUUCUAAAUACUUAUUUGAGAAGGGUAUUCUACACAAUUGGAAGAUGUUGACACAGUCGCAAUAUUCAAAUUUUAAAUUUGUAGGAUCCUUAAAUCAAAUUAAAACAUUUACAGCUGGUAUUAAAGCUUUAAGCUUUGGCGAAAAUGGUUCUUUUAUGAUAAGCGAGGACGGCUUCAAGUGUGCCGUGGAACAAGGCAAAUGUAUACAGGCUUCUCUGUUUAUAAUGCCACGUUGUUUUUCGGAAUUCUAUGUAGACGGCAUAGUAAAGUUUAGCAUCAAUAUGAAUAUUUUGGCAGAAUGUUUAAGUAUAUUUGCGGGCAUCGAUUGCAGCAUGAAAAUGUACUACAAAGGUCCGGAGGCCCCCUUGGUUUUGGUGCUAGAGCCAAAUGAUGAAACGGACAUCAGCACCGAGUGUUCUAUUAAAACAACACAUUAUGAAGAACCCAUGGAUUUCAAUUUGAAUGAUGAAAGUACCAGUCUAAAUCGUUUAUUCAUUAGAGGUCCCGAUUUGGCUAGUAUUUUCCAGGAAUUUGAUAAAUCUGCUGAAGAAUUGGAAAUAACAAUUUCACCACGUAGGCCACAUUUUAAGAUUGACACUUUGGGUGUUAUGCAGUCGGAGUCAAGUGUUGAAGUGGCGAAAACCAGUGAUAUGAUACUUUUAUUCAAUUGCCGCGAAACAACAAAGGCACGUUAUAAAACUACCCUAAUACGUAUGACGCAAAAGGCAUUGGGUGUUGCAACUAAGGUGGCUUUAAAGACAGAUUUAAGUGGUCUUUUGGAAAUGCAUUUUAUGAUGGUAGAUCCUACAGAGGCUGAAGUUUAUAUAAUAUUUUUCAUAACACCUUUGGCAGAUGUUGAUCUUUAAAGAAAAUUGCUAAUGUUAUAUAUAAGUCGGUUGUUUAAUAAUAAUGUAUUGAAAAUUGGA